UGCUACGCGUAGUUAGUUUUCCUCCGAGGAGAUAAACGUUUCACUUCGAAAAUGUCCGUGGCACUUAGAAUGCUGUUUUUGCAGCUAGUCUGCAUUUUGGUUGUUUCGGUGACGUCGAAUUAUCAGGGACCGUAUCAUUCCUCGUCGGUCACAACGACCAUUAAUUUACCGGCGGGCUAUGUUUACUAUCCGACCGUAAGUUCAGCCUACAAAAUACAUCAGGAUGGACUCAGUUGGAGUAACGCAAAGGAUGCUUGCAUUGCCGAGGGAGGUCGCCUCGCCGUGAUUGACACGCAUGAAAAAGUUGGAAUCGUAAAUGGGAUCAGGGAUCCAAGCACCAACGUGUGGGUCGGUAUUGAGAAAAAGAACGACAACUGGGUUACUGCCGACACACAGGCACGUCUGUUCUAUCUACCGUGGGGAACGAAUCAGCCUUAUGGUCUCGGGGACUGUGUUGCCGUGAAGAAAAGUGGCACAGGACUGAAAAACAGGCUGUGCUUCUGGUCGGAACCUUACGUUUGCGAAAUCGUACGGUAAUAGUAGCGCCGCACAAUAACUAUUACCAGCAACCAACGAAGACCGGGCAGUAACUUCCCUAGGUAUCGACUAUGAGAAGAACAGCCAUAAUUCGAAAUCCUCUAGGCCUGACUAUCGAGUAGAUAUGAUUCUUCAAUAAUUGUGUAACUCGUAUAAUUGUUGCAAAAUAAUACCGUUGAUAUUCUAAAUAAAAUUACGCUGUUUAAUUGA